GGGUAUCUAAGCGCAUCGAGCAUUUGAGGACAAUGGCUGCAGCAUCAGACAGAGUGGUAACGGCGAAAACUCAGAGCGUUAAAAAGGUGUCCAAACCACUGAUGGAGAAGAAAAGAAGGGCACGUAUCAAUAAAUGUUUGAAUCAACUGAAAAGUCUCCUGGAGAGUGUCUGUUCGAACAAUAUCCGCAAGCGAAAAUUGGAAAAGGCUGACAUUUUGGAGCUGACAGUUAAACAUCUGAUGCAUCUGCAAAACACCAAAAGAGGAAUUCCCACAGUUUGUGACUCUGCUGAAUAUCACGCAGGGUACAGAAGCUGUCUGGCCACUGUCAGUCAUUAUCUUCUCGCAUCGGACGCAGACAGAGAUUCCCGCUCCAUCAUGCUGACACAUCUUACUAGCGGUCCUAACCACGCCAGAGCUCCUGAUUUCAGUACCGCGGAGAGCGACCCUGCACGGAUCUCUGCACCAACAUGUACACUUCGUCGAUCACACAAAGUUCCGCUUAAAACAGACGCUCCUUAUCCCAACUUGCAGCAAACUUCCGACAGAUCUUAUUGCUCUAUGCCGAAGAGGAUUGAGAUUUGUGAUGUGGACAAAAUAUCAUUUAACGCACAGGCUGGGACCCAUGGAUCCAAGAAGCUCAAAACCACACACUUCAGUCUGAAAAAUUCAAAGGUUGAUGAGUGCUGCACUUUUUCUGAAGCCUUGAAACAGAAUUAUUGGCGGCCUUGGUAA